UUUGUCUCUAUUUGAAAAAUUCAAACAGCCUGGACUGCAGUGGGACCACCUGCCCGUUUUGGAGAGCCUCCCCGCAUCUAGCUCCAAGUUUCCAAAAACCAAAGCGGUGAUAGAGUUUUGCAGUCGUGUCAGUCGGACAGCAUGGCCUCGGAGGAGGACGACGCGCUGCUGCUUUUAAUCUACCAGCACCUGAAGGUGAACGGCUACCAAAAGGCUGCCAAGGUGCUGCAAAAACACGUUUCCCAGGUGGAGACACCAGAGCAGAGCUCCAACCUACAUGAUAUCUACACAGGCUGGAUGAAGCUCUGCUCUCUAGCUCAGCAUGCCAAGCAGGAGACGGAAGACUCCACUACUUUGAAGAAGAAGAGCAUCAAAGCAGAACCCGCCACCAGUGAAGAAGAAGAAGCCGCAGACGCCAAACUCUCCAACACCACAGAGGAAAAUAAUGUGGAUGCCAAACCUCCACUUCACGCUGAGACAGUCUCUGAGCAGCUGCUGCAUCCUGCAGGUGAAACCAAAACAACAAACUCAGACAGUGAGCGCUCCAGCUCCUCUGACAGUGAAGAAGAAGAAGAAGAAAAGAAAGAAGAAGAGGAGGAGGAGGAGGAGGAGGAGGAGGAAGAAACAAAAACAGAGCAAGAGUCAGCUCCUGUUGAAGUGUCUGCUGAGGCGUCUAACAAGGCAGAAAGUUCCUGCUCCAACUCCUCCGACUCUGAGGAAGUGCUUGAACCCACACAGGGAGGCUCCAGCCUGGUCGACCCCAGACAAGCUGCCUCUGAGCAGGCUGAGGAGCAGCUCAUGGCCCCUGAUCCAGCCGUGGCCUCCAGUUUAGCCAGCGAGAUCAGUAAGGAGCAUAAAAAGGACGACGAUGAGCCAAAACAGGAGACAGAAGCAGCCACGGACGCCUCUGAGGUCAAAGAUGAAACCUCUGCAUUUGAACAGGCAGCUGCCAGUCAAACAGAGGCCGCACCUUCCUCCACUCAGGAGGCCAGUGAGGCAGAUUCCUCAGAAGAUGAAGAAGGCAGCGCUGCAAAGAAGCCCAGCCAGGCCGAGCCCACCACAUUCGACCUGACAGCUCAGGAGACCAAUGACCAGCCGUCAGAGAGUGAAGCCCCGCCCCCUGCAGACCCUGGCUCUGAAAAUCCAAAGGAGGAAGAGGAGGAGGAGAAAUCCAAGAGGACAGAUGGCAGUGACCUCACAUCCCCGCUGAAGCCUGAGGACCAAGGUGGCACCACCGACCUCCCCAUCACUGACACCGAAAAGGUGACUGCUCCAGAGGAGCGAGUCGAGCCAGAGGUCUCCAUCACCCUCAACGUCGAAGACGGUGAAGAAGCCGAGCGAGAAACCAGCCUACUGCUGCCUCAGGAGGCUGCUGAGUCUCACAAAGAUGCCGAAACUCCCAAGAAGAAGAAGAAAAAGAAGAGCAAAAAACAUGCAGACACACCAACUGCAGAUACAUCAAGCACAGACACACCCACCAUAGAUUCACCCAGUGAUACUCCUCUUACCACCAAGACUGCCAGGAAGAAAAAGAGAGACAAAAAGAGACAGGAGGAAGAGGAAGAUCAGCAGGAAGAGGAGGAGAUUUCUCAGGCCACUUCAUCAGAGACAAAAAAGAAGGCUAAGAAAAGGAAAAGGGAGAGAGAUGAAGUGGAAGAGAAAGAUGAGGGAACUCCUGUCACUCCUUCAGAAAAUAAAAUUAAAAAGAAAAAGAUUAAAGUAAGAGCUGUAGAAGAGGAGCAGAGUGAGGCAGUAGGAGUGGAGGAGGAGAAGACGCUGGAGAAUCUUGUGAGUCCGGCAGAGACAACAGAGGAGAAAAAGAAGAAGAAAAAGAGGAAAAAGCAGGUGCAGUCUGAUGAAAGACCAGCAGGUGGCGGCGAAGACACAGAAAAGAAGCUGGAGGCCGCAGAUGAAAACUCUUCUCAGCUGUCCUCGGCCAAAAAGAAAAAACGUCUCAGGAAGAAACUGAGCCGGAGGAAGAGAUUUAGGCUCCAGAAAGAGGAGAAAAGGAUGAAGAGGAAGAGCGGCAUCACUUCAGGACAGACUGAGACGGCAGCAGAAAGCAAGAAUCUCGCAGGCAGAAAGAAACAAAAACGGAUCCAAGAGGCAGCAGAAGAGACGCCUCAACCAAAACCAGCCAAAAGACCUCAACCUGAUCCUGCCCUGGAGGACGGGACACCAAAGAAGAAGAAAAAGAUUAAAAUAAACACAGAACAAGAAGAGAAUUCCUCGAAAGAAAACCAACCACCAAAGACGAAGAAAUCGGUGAAGGAGGAGGUUGAAAGCGGUGUGGUGAGCGGCCAGAGUGCUGAACUUCCUGAAGUUGUCUCGUCUCCACUUUCAAAGGAAGGGAAGAAGAAGAAGAAGAAAAAGAAGAUGAAGGCUGGAAAAGGCGAGGAGACAACAGAAAGUUCAACUCCCAUCACUAUGAGCCAAGAUGUAUCUGCAAAGAAAAAGAAGAAGAACAGAUUCAAGGAGGAACUGGAAGAGACAGAAGCUGCUGCAGACGAACACACUCCACCAAGUACGAAGAAGAAAUCCUCCAAAAAGACGAUCAUCUCUGAUUAAUGUAUUCUCUGAUCAGACAUCAGUGGAGAAUGAUUGUAUCUUGGACCGGACAGUCUGCAUGUUAGUGCCUUUACUCCUGGUUUUUCUGUCUGUUCCUGAGAGGAGAUACCCGUUUCGACUCAGAGAUAUUUCUAAGGGAACAUCAGUGUUUUCAAUCAUGUUUCACUGUCUUUUGCUCUUAAACUGUGAAAACUAACAUACACCUGCAGUUUGUACAUGAUUACAACUUAAAAUCCCCUCAGCAGAUUGGAGUUUUAUUUUUACAUUUAUUUUUUUGUUUUCAAAGGCAGAGCUGUUCUGGGGGGGAAAAGACAAUCGGUAAAUGAGAAAUCGUUAAAUUAUUACAUCAGAUCUACUGGCCAAUUGUAAUUUUUUUCAAUGAACAAUCUUAAUUCGGAUCCCUUAGAUUUUUGUGUUUUUUUUAAAGAAUUUUGACCAAGAUACAUCCUAAGCAGGACAUGUUACAGUGUAAAAGUCAUGUUGUCUCUAUGCAAUGGAGACACUUAUCGUAAACCUAGUUUGGCAUUUCUGUGCUGCUAUUUCUUGUAACUUAUCUGCUGAUUUAUUGGUUUAGCUCUACUUUCUACUCUUUAAUUGGAAGCUCCGCCCAUUUAAGUUAAAUUCAACCAAUCAGAUAUUUCUAAGUUCUUUCCAUACUAGUGCAAAUACUAAAUGUAUUUUUCAACAUUUUGUAAUUUUUUUAACUGUUUUUAUAUCAUUCAACAAUAGAAGCCAAACUUUAGUCUACAUGUUUUAUUUAAAUAAAUUGCUUAAAAAAAAAAUUACUAUUUCCCAGAGCUCAAGUGAAAGUUUUCUAAUGGAUUGAUUAAUCACUUAAGCAAUUAAUUGACUGAUUGUUUCAGCUCUAAUUGCGAAUCUGACCAGACAGUUUUUGAUACUUGGAGCUACGAACACAUUUUGGUCUGAAUCAAAAUAAGAACGUUAAGUAUCGAGGUUCGAUAAGCAGCUCUAGUUAAUACUACUCUGCCUCUGAGAAAUAUUUGUAUUAUCAAAGCUGCAAUCUGCAUCCCAUCAAGAGUGAUAGAAAUAAAGAAGGGGAACUAUCUCAAUCAGAUCCAUUUGUCUUCUCGGAAAUAUAAUUCAACAACACUGUGUCUUAUUACAGUUGGUGGCGUCGUCUGUUGGUUUACUGUUUUUCUGGCUUGGCAGUGAUAACUCCACUAACUUCAGCUUGAAAUGCGCUUUAAGGGAACAAGCUGUGAAACAUUUCAUGUUAGAGCAAUAAAAAGGUUUUUGAACAGUUUUCUGUCAGUAAAGUGUUAAUGAGUUGAUAUUGAUAGUUAAACAUUUGUUUGAGGUAAAAAAGUAGUUUGUCAAUUUUGUUUUGAAGAAGUUACAUACGAUUUGUUGUUACUUUCCUUUCAGUCAUAAAGCUGUGAAAUUCUGUCUUUAUUUGGAAAUGGUUUUGUUUACACGUUUUUUCUUUAUAAUCCCACGAGUUAUUAACUAUGCAUCUGAUUAAAUCUUGUUGCUUGGGGGGGGGGAUAGUAACAAAUUUCACUACUGUUUUUCUUUUUGCUGUUCCCGAAGACCAACAUGUGUGAGAGAAAAUAAAACUCACUGCUUCUGCAAAA